CUCGCUCGCUUGCUUUUUUUCCUCCUGCACAUUCAACAAAACGCCACGCUGAAUGACACGGGUGGCGUUGGAAAAGAAAAGUAAUUAAGCAGGCGGCACAUCAGUGAACAAAAUAAAGUUCUCGAUUCAACCAGCUGAAUAAGUCGCUUAAAAAACAAAGACAAAACCAUUACACCGUAAAGAGGGAAAGAGAGCAAACACCUCCAAAGCCUUGAUCUGGACGAGGAAAUAAUUUCUGGAGUAUUUGAAAGUCUGAGCGUCUUGAUGCCUGCGCUUUCCUCCGAGGAGAUGUGAACUGGGAGAGUGCAUCAGUCUCCAUAGAACAGUUGUUUAUGGAGCUGCGGGCCGGGGCCAGCUUAUCAUCCGUGCGCGUCUGGUGCUCCCCAGGCGAUGCCGCCACCGCUGUGGCUGCUGGCCCUGAGAGGACGUGGGCUGCUCGGCAGAGGCUGACCUCGGAGGAGGAGGAGGAAGCGGAGCCUGUCCCCCGGCGGCCGGACCCAUUACUAUGGCCGUGUCCUGCUACGCGCUCAACAGCCUAGUGAUAAUGAAGAGCGGCGAGGAAGAGGAGGAGAGGCGCGGCGGCAGGAGCAAGACGCCUCCUUUGACGCGCAGGCAGGUGCUGCCUGGUUUGGGCCGGGGGAGCGAGAGGCACAGCAGCUGCUACCCGCUUCCUAGGCGCAGCGUCGGCUCCAGUAGCAGCAGUAGCAGCAGCCCGAGCAGCAGUAGCAGCGCUGCCGCCGCCUCCGGAUCGGCUUUCCUUUUCCCUUCGGCGGAGCAGCCCGAGGCGGCCGAAGAGACGGCGAGCGCUCGCAGGACUCCUCGACGGUUGAGCAGCCCGAGCUGGGCGAGCCGCUUAGGGCAAGGGCUGCAAGCGAGCCCCCCGAGCCGGUCGCCCUCCCCUGGCUCAACACGGAUCCUCCAGCGGGAGCUGCAGAACGUGCAGGUGACCCAGAAAGUGGGGCUCUUUGAGGCGCACAUCCAGGCACAGAGCUCGGGUGCUGCUACACUCCUCCUUAAAAGCCCCCGUCCAGGCAGGAGGAGGUCGCCUUCACCGAGCCCAGCCUUGCCAGCUCAGCCACGUGUUAGCAUGCCAGCCAAGGGAACCAGGAAGCAGGAGGAGGAGGAGGAAGAGAAGAUGAAAGGUCCAGGGAAUCCUCUGUCCCCGUUGGAGACCAUGGGGAGGACACUGGAGCAGGAGAGGGACCAGGGUGCCCCGGACAAGACAGAGAAGAACAGCCACUCUCCUGGUGCGCCUGGCACAACCGAGAUGGAAAACGGGCUCUCCUGUGUGCCGCGCCCAGAGGAGAUGAAGAUGGGCACAAGCCUCUUCAGAGUGCAGGAUUCAAAAGAGGCAGAGAAGGGGACCAGAUUGUCCCAGACACCCCAUUCAAAUGAGACAGAAGAGGAUGUGUUUUCAAAGAGGCAUUGUUGGGAUGAGAUGGAGAGAGCAAAGGGAAUAUCCAAGGAGCAGGAUUCGGGAAAGGCAAGAAGGAUGGGGUCUAGUGGGAGGCAGGACAUGGAGGAGAACAAGAGUCAAUCCCCUGAGGGGCAGAACUCCCGAGUGCUGGACUGGGCAAGUGGGUGCCAGGGAGCUCAGGUGUCAGUAGGGACCAGCAGCGGGAGGCAGCCAAGAGAAGGUGGAAGGAGGCAUUCGGAGGAGCUGGAUGGGGUGAACAGAUCUUUCAAGGAUCCUGGCUUCUUGGAAGCUCAGCAGGGGAGGAGCAGCUAUGACAGAGGGCAGGGCCCAGAGGCUAGGGAGCUGCCCCUUGGAGAGCAGCUCCGGGAGGCAGGCAUCCCACUUUGUCCUGCCAGGACUGAUGAGAAAGAGGGCAACAGCAGCAGCUGCCUGUUGGUUUUGGCAGACUCUCUAAAGAAACUACCAUCACCCUCUGAGCCACUUCCUAAACUUAUGGCAGAAGUCACUGGAGAUGGCCUGCAAGAGAAGCAACCUGAAGAGCAGCUGCCACCAUCUACAGAAGCAGGAGGACAACAGGGGAAAUCCCUGGGAGAAGGGGAGGGCCUCUAUAUAGGAGGUGGCAGCAUCCCUGCAGUCAUUGUUACUGACUUAGGCACUGAGGAGGAGGGAGAGGCAGGAGACAGCCCUCCCAAAAAUAUGCCCAUCAGAAAACUAUCUUCUUCCUCUGCUUCUUCCACUGGCUUUUCCUCAUCCUGGGAAGAGUCAGAGGAGGACAUUUCCAGUGAUCCAGAGCGGUCCUUGGAUCAGAGUCCAGCCUUUCAGCAGACCCUGGAUAAGCCAAGAGUGAGCAAGUCAUGGCGGAAGAUCAAGAACAUGGUACACUGGUCCCCUUUUGUUAUGUCCUUCAAGAAGAAAUAUCCUUGGAUCCAACUAGCAGGACACGCAGGUAGCUUCAAAGCUGCAGCUAAUGGGAGGAUAUUGAAGAAGCACUGUGAGUCUGAACAGCGCUGCUUGGACCGUCUGAUGAAUGAUGUCCUUAGGCCUUAUGUUCCUGCCUACCAUGGGGACAUAGUGAAGGAUGGGGAGCGAUACAAUCAGAUGGAAGAUCUGCUAGCUGAUUUUGACUCUCCUUGUGUGAUGGACUGCAAGAUGGGAGUUAGAACCUACUUGGAGGAGGAACUAACAAAGGCUAGAAAGAAGCCAAGUUUACGGAAGGACAUGUAUCAAAAGAUGAUUGAAGUAGACCCUGAGGCUCCAACUGAAGAGGAGAAUGCUCAGCAUGCAGUAACUAAGCCCCGAUACAUGCAGUGGAGGGAAACCAUAAGCUCUACAGCAACUCUAGGGUUCAGAAUUGAAGGAAUAAAGAAAGAAGAUGGCACUGUGAACAGGGAUUUUAAGAAGACCAGGACAAAAGAACAGGUCAUGGAAGCCUUCAAAGAAUUUACCAAAGGAAACUGUAAUAUUCUGAAUAGUUACCUUAACCGGAUGAAGGGGAUACGUGCCACUUUGGAAACAUCGCCAUUCUUUAAGUGCCAUGAGGUCAUUGGGAGUUCCCUUCUCUUCAUUCAUGACAAGAGGGAACAAGCCAAAGUGUGGAUGAUAGAUUUUGGAAAAACCACACCACUUCCAGAGGGACAAGUCCUUCAGCACAAUGUGCCCUGGGUAGAAGGGAACAGGGAGGAUGGCUACCUCUGGGGACUGGACAACCUCAUUGAGAUCCUAACAGAGCUGGCUCAAAGCAAAGACUUGCAUUAAAGCCAAAAGUCCAACUCUACCACUAUCCAGAACCCAGCCCUUCAUACUGACUUUCUGAACUGCACUACAAGACACUUUCUCCUGCCCUCUCCUUUCCAGUCUUAAAGUUAGAAACCCUUCUAUUUAAUGUGUAAAUACAUUAGUUCCAUGCCAGAAUGAAUGCUGAACAUGAAACUUGGGGGAUGGAAGCAGAUAGAAAAGACUUGCUCCUUCAGGUUUUGCAUUUAGAUUCCAGCAUAACUUUCCCACAGUAGACUAACUGGCUGCUGUCCCACAUGUUUUAAUACAGAAAGCUCUUUAAUGUAAGGCUUUAUACAGCUCUCCCCAUACUGAGCUGAAUGAAGAAGGUGCCCUAAUGUUAUAAUUUUAUCAAGCUGCCAGGUCCAUUUUGAAAGCUAGAUAUAUUUGUAGGUAUUUGCUGCCCUCUUGUGUCCAAAGCUGGUAGAUUUGGAACAUAAUUGUUGACAAUAUAUCUUCAAAUUGUAUGUUUUGUGUGGAUCAUAGGAGUUCGUUCUUCUUGGAAAGCUCCUAAAUACAUAAGACUUUUGAGUCCAGACCUUAAGAGGGAAAAAUUCAAGAGAAAGGCAGAUAGCGUUUCUGAAUGUCAGCAAUGCAGCAAUGUAUUUACUACUUUAAACCUAGAAAGCUGACUGUAAGCACCUUUAGAAAUAAUAUCAGGUCAAUAUAUAUUUAGCCAUUUCUAGUCAGCUUAGGCAGUUUUUGAGUGGCUGUGUGGAUUGUAAAGCUUUCCAUGGUUCCCAUUUAACUUGGUGCAACCAUGUAAUUGUUGAGGUGGAUUUGGCCUUGCAGGGCAAGAUCCUAUGCUCUAAACUUCCAUUGCUUGGGGGCAGCCAAGGAGCAUGUCAGUGGAGUGGGGAGGGCUGUAGCUAUCAUCAUUCAAAUGCCUCAGUUAGCAUUGCAGGCCCUUUAGGAACAGUUAGCAUUUCUAAGGUGAACUUUUGCAAAACAUUCCAAUUUUCACAUCUCUGAGUAGUGUUAACUAGGCCUAAAAAGAGCAUUUAUAUUUGCAAGCAUAAUUCUAGAAUGGUGAAAUACAUAACUGUCAUACAUCUGCAAGAAACAUGGAAAGGAAAAGAGCUGUGAUCUCCUUUGGUAAUAGGGGUGUGCAAAAAAAUAGGUAUUUUGGGGUUUGGGGUAUAUUGAACCCAACAAAUAUCGGUAUUUUCUGAUAUUCUUGAAUCCCAAAUGCUGGUAUAGUAUUCAAAUUUGUGAUUUUUGGGGGGGAAAUUCUGAUUUGAUUUGAUUUUCUUGCACCAUGAUAUUCUUGGAGGGGGGACUGUUUUAAUCAAUGGUCCCCAUAGAGUAUAAUGGAGAAUCAAUCCAAGGGGUAUCUGGAGCUUGGAGUGGGGGGCUGUUUUUUGAAGUAGAGGCUCCAAGUUUUCAGCAUAGUCACUGAUGCUUCUCUUCAAACCCCCAGUUUCAAAAAGAUUGGACCAAAGAAAGUGCCCCCAUCCUCCAUAAGUUUCAAUGGAGAGGGGGGGAAGCUGUUUAAAGGCAUUGUGAUCCUUUUAAAUGGUUCUCCAAGCUGCAACUCUGAGAGUGAACUUCAAAAGCAUUUAAAGGGCUUGCGAUCCCUUUAAAUACCCUCUCCAAGUGGUAUUCAAAUGAGACAGCUGAUAAGGAAGGCAUUUAAAAGGACUACAAUCUCUUAAAACAUCCUUUAACUUUGACUAUCUGGUGGUCCCAAAAAUUCCCAAAUAAUUUCAAAUAUUGUGGUUCAGACUCGUUGAAUAGCUAAAUCUUUGUCUAGCUGAAAGAAUAUCCAAAAAAUACUGAUAUGGAAAUUUUUUUUUUUAAAAAAAAUUCUACUCAGAUUUAACUGAAUGCACACCUCUACUUGGUAAUGCACGACUGAUUUAAGGCUCUCCCUUCAGUCCCUGAACAUAAUUGUAAUCUAUCUGUUUGCCUUUCUCAUGGCUAAAUCAGGCAUGCCUGUUUACAAUAUUCCUGGAUUGUUUCAAACAUCAAGCACACAAAACCCUAGUUUGGACUGGGACUAUGCGACAAGGUGAGAGAGGGCUAAAGCCUUUCUUGGGGAACUACAAUUUGCACAUGCCAGUUCCCCUAACAAGGCAAGUUCCCCUAGCAACUCCCUAAGGCCAUGUCAGCUCAGGAAAAUGGCAUGGGGGGGGGGCUUAAACACCACCCUCACCUCAUGCCACAGUCCCAAUCCAAAUUAGGCCCACAUAUGCCUGAUAAUUAUGUGCCCGAUACUGCUUACUGAAAUGGGCACAUCUGAUUUGGCUCUAAGUUUGGCCACACACAUGAAUGACAUCUCUGCCACUUGUAGUCUUGUGAAAACAUUUGCCUCUUUAGUUGAGGAUGGAAGCUAUUUUAUAACUUCCUGGAACAUAUGAACUAAGCAGUUUACUUGCAUCAGAACUGUAGCCAACAGAACUGCAGGGAGGGGAAAGGCUCCUCAUGUGUUUGAAUUUCUCAAGGAAAGUGAGCACUGCAGAAACCCUGCAGAGGACAGGGCUGUGUUGAGUUUAGCUUACAAAUGAUCCUGAUCUGGUUUUCUGGCUGGCUCCAAUUCUGAUAUCUUUCAACUUUUUUUGUCAGUUCAUGAUACAUACCAUAUACCUCUAAAACAUGCUGUUACUCAUCUUCCUUGUAGUGAUGCUGUCCUUGCAAUGGGAUGGCCAUAGCUUCUGCCCUUGCAGCAAGAGUCUCUGUCACCAGUGUGGUGGGAGAUGCCAUUGGUCACUAACUGGCAUGCAGUCCCUGCUCAAGCCUUGCACAAAGACUCAGCCCUUCUGCGAGUUCCUCUGUUAAUAUCUGGCUGAGCUCCUAUCUGUUAUUCCUCAGUGCUGUUGUAAAUAGCUGCUCUGGUCAGCUUCAGGCUUCCUGUGUUGUUUAAUAAUAGCCUUUGUGGAAGUGCCUUAUGAACUAGUCGCUGUUCCAUUAGUGUCGUGGAAAAGUGUUUUGGUUGGGUUUUUAAAAGUUCUAUUUAUUGCCGUUGUUUUUUAAAAGUUGCAUAGAACACUAAGUCUUAAUGCAUGGAAUUUUUUAAAAGUUUAGUUUUAAAUUUUUUUUUUACCACCUUUGUGGAAGGUAAAAAGUCCUUGAAGCAGCAAACAUGUAGAUCAUUUUAAAACUGUAUUUAGCUUUUAAAUUGCUUCUACUAUACACUUUAACAUUUUUUUUGUUAAGCCAGUUUGUAAAACAAGAUUCCUUGCUUUGUUGCUUUAAAAGAAGUGAACUGUUUCUCCAGAUGUCUUUUGACCUUCCUGGAGGCUGGAACUGUUGCUGUGAGGUAGUUUCUCCCCUCCUGAUUUCUCCCUGAUUAGCAAUGACACAAAGAAGUUGCAGAAUUAUAAAAACCACCAAUGCACAGUGCCUAUAAGUCAAAUAAUUCAAAAUAAAGGCAUACAAAAGGG